AUGUCCAGCAAAUCCGAAACAGCAACGUACACCCACGGCCACCACGCCUCGGUGGUACGCUCCCACAGCUGGCGCACAGCAUCCAACUCCAUAGGCUUUCUCCUGCCGCACUUAAAGCCGCACAUGAAAAUCCUAGAUAUCGGCUGCGGCCCGGGCACAAUCACCGUCGACGUGGCGUCCUACGUGCCACAAGGCCAUAUCACGGGUCUGGAACGAGCGGGCGGAGUCCUAACGCAGGCGCGAGCCCUCGCCCAAGAAAAGGGCGUGACGAAUAUCGAUUUCGUCGAGGGCGAUGCCAACGACCUGUCUUAUGAAGAUGGAACCUUCGACGUCGUCUUCUGUCAUCAGGUUCUGCAGCAUGUUGGGGAUCCGGUUGGAAUGCUCGAGGAGAUGAAGCGCGUUACGAAGAGUGGGGGUAUUGUCGCUGCGCGGGAGGCGGACUACGGUGUCUUUUCUUGGUAUCCUGAACUGCCGGGGUUGAAGACGUGGCAGGAUCUGUAUGAUCGUGUUGCGAGGAAGAAUGGGGGUGAGCCCAAUGCGGGCAGGGUGUUGCAUGCUUGGGCGAAGAAGGCGGGGUUCAAGGAUCCCAAGUGUUCCUGUACUGUGUGGUGUUAUGCUGAUAAGGGGGAUACGAAGUGGUGGAGUGAGAGUUGGGUUGAUAGGGCGCUCUAUUCAUCGUUUGCUACGACGGCGUUGGAGAAUGGGAUUGCGACCCAGGAGGAGUUGAAGAGCGUUUCGGAUACUUGGAGGGAGUGGGGGAAGCAUGAGGAUGCUUGGAUUUCUCUUCCUAGUGCUGAGAUUGUGUGUUUUACGGAGUAG